CGUUUGGCCUGUUUGCACAUCAGCGCAUGUCCGUGGAGUUGGACGGGAAGAUCGGCCAUUUUUGUUGAAAGCGUUUCUCUGCAGCGUUUCAAUAUGAAGAUCGGUUUGUGCGCGUACAGCGGGUACAAGAUUUAUCCGGGCCAUGGCAAGACCAUGGUCAAAGUUGACGGAAAGACUUUCACCUUCCUCAACUCGAAAUGCGAGUCCGCACAUUUGAUGAGGCGAAAUCCUAGGAAAGUGACAUGGACUGUUUUAUACAGACGUAAACACAAAAAGGGUCAAGAAGAGGAGCAAACCAAGAAGAGGACGAGGCGUGCACAGAAGUUUCAGCGUGCAAUUGUAGGUGCUUCUCUCACAGAUAUCUUGGCUAAACGUAACAUGAAGCCAGAGAUUCGUAGGGCCCAACGAGAACAGGCAAUCAAGGCUGCAAAAGAACAAAAGAGAGCUGCAAAGGCGACGAAGAAGGCUGUUGCUCCUCCGAAAGCGAAACAAGUAGCAAAACAGAAAGUUGCUAAAGUAACGCAAAAAGCCGCACCUCGUGUUGGAGGAAAACGUUAAAGUCUGUAGCUAUAUAAAUAAAAUAAAAUAUUUCAUUUUGA